AUGGAGAACUUUCCUUCAGCGCUUGUCAUUGCAAGUUAUGAUUCUGUGUGUGACAACAAUAAUGUAUUAUAUCGCUUAGUCCGACCCCUUCCUGGAGGUAUUGGGGUUCAGUCGACAGACAGAUUAGUCAACGUUGUCCCAUUUAGAAGAAAAUAUACAUUUGAGAAAAAACAACAGUUGGAAGAUUUUGGACAGCAGAUGCUGAGACGACCAUUAGUUCUGCAACCAAUUCUUCAUUUUGGCAGAGGACUGGGUUAUAAUUGUGCUGUUUGCUAUCAAGAUGAGCUCUGGCUUGUGAUGGUUAACCAAACACAUCCUAAAAUUUUAAGCCGUCUGCAGAUGGGACUGGAUUCUGCCAAAGCUGCUUUAGCCAGAGGACAGCCCUUUGAAAUAAGGUUCCGAUUUGGGAAGUUGAUCCAAAGAGUUUACACAGAACAUCUGGCUCAGAAAGAAAAAGGCGAGGCACAGAAUUCAGGCAGUGCAUGUUUAACCUACUUCCGAUAUGCAGAAUGGGAACACUGUGACCUGAAUCUUCGAUACCAUGGCUAUGGAGCAAACAUUAACAGAUCUUCUGCUUUUCAUUCCCUUCCGAGUCUGGAGAUGAAGUGGGACUUUGAAGACAUUGGCAUGCAUGAGAUGGAAUGGAACCAGUUGACUGGGGAGGUGUACCCCAGACCACACUUAUCUUCUGUGUAUGAAGAUGAAAUACGAGAAGCACUUCCAGGCUGGACCAUUAAUAGUGUAUCACCGCUGGAGAACAUUGGCGAUUCUGUUCCCGAAAAUAAUUACGACUAUGCCCAGGCAGGGCGUUUGUAUGCUAGCUUUAGGAAGAAAUCCCGAUUGAGAAACAUACCACAGCAUGGUGCAGUGUCAGGAUCAUCAGCAUAUGCUAAUGAUUAUGAAAAUGAGCAGAAAAUAAGAGGUGAGCUUGAGGGUGCUGUUGGUUUUGAUCCGUCUGUUUAUCCCGAUUUUGUUGUUCCAGCUCAGGAUUCGUCUGAAUAUGACCACGGUUAUGAGGAUACUGAUGGUUAUGACGUCCCUAAACAAACAUAUGCAGACAGCAACAGACAACAUGAUGGUACAGAUUUUCACUAUCAGAACAUUCACCCGCAUGAUUAUGAUGAUCAAUACUCAGAUUCAAGAUCAGAAACACAACCUGAAAGCAAUCACGGCUACAGACAGUCACAUUCCUCAAAUCAGGCGCAGUCAACUCUUUCUGCAUCACAACCAGACAAGUAUGGACACAUCAAUGCAAAUGUAAAGGUUGUUUCAAAUACUCCAGCUCAUCAGUACCAAAAUUAUGCUGCUCGUGCGGCUGGAAAUAAUUAUGGAUCACAUCGUGAUGAUAAACGUCCAGCAUCCUCGGAAUACCUCCCAUACACAGAUCCGUUCGAGAAGCAGGAUAGUGAUAGAUUCUCAAGGUCAACUACUGCUGAUAGUGGGUAUUGUCCAGAUGGAGAUGAUAUUCACUCUCGUAAUGGGUCAUACGAUUGCAAUGACCAGAGCAACACACCAAAGUUUAUGAAAAAUGGGGCGGAUUAUGAAAAUGUUCUCAUUAAGAAAUAUGCACAUGAAGAUGAUGGGGGAUUGCAUAACCCAGCUUUUAGAAAUGAUGAUCCUGACGUACGCAGUGGCUGGCAAAGCCAAAAACAGCCUAUGUCUAAAGUGAUGCGAGUUCCCCUAGCGGAGCAUAAAUCAAUGACUGUAGGGAGUUCACUUUCAGGUAACUCCUCGAAAUUUAGUAAUCGUCAGCCUAGACAGAAUUUGGCACCUUCUCUGAAAGAAUCUGUUGAUAUCCUGAAAGUUCCACCAAGAAGGAAAAAAGCCGCACCUGAUCCCACUGGAGUGCCUCAAGUUGCAGAAAGUUUCAUUUAA